CUAAUCAAUAUAUUUUGUGUAAUUAUAUUUAAUUGUACAUAUAAUGGACAAUAGCAAUAGGAUGGAUGCAGCAAAUAGUCUGCAUGAUUUUUCAAAUACAGUAGCACUAGUGGAAAGAAAUACUAUGCCACAAGGCAUAUCGUUGGUUGAUCCAGCCGCUGUAGCAAAAUCAAGUAAGCAGGAUUUAAUGGCACUGGUUACGGAAAUUGAAAAGGCAGAUAACUGUGUAAGAGCUAAUGCAUGUAACAAGUUACAAGUGAUCGCAGAGCAGAUUAGAUUUCUGCAAAGACAGGCCGAGGGUAUUUUGUUGGAAGCGGAACGAAACGCUAAGCUGCAUCAUGUACCUUGCAAUUUUGUGAAGCAACCUGGUCACAUCUAUCAUUUGUAUCAACGAGAAUCAGGACAGCGUUACUUUUCCAUGCUUAGCCCAGAAGAAUGGGGUAGUUCAGCUCCCUCACACAAUUAUAUGGGUUCGUUUAGAUUAGAACAAGAUCGUUCGUGGACUCCACUGUCUCAAUUGCAGGUGAAGAACGACGAAUUGAAAUUGAUUGGAAAAUUCUUACCUUCCGAUACAACUGCGAAUACCUUUUUACAAUCUGUCAUGUUAAGUACUAGCACGUAACGUAAUUAACAAAUUUAUAUUAUUGAGUGAUGAAAAAUGCAAAUAAGAAAAGUAGCAUAUUGCUAGAAAAAAAUUUGACAUCUAAGUUAUAUCAGUCUGAUAAAUUAAGGGUCUUUGUUAUAAUUCAACGAGCAAAUUUAUUUCAUGAUGUAAUG